AUGGCUAAAGUGAUUUAUGUCAUAGCUAAAAAGCACAAUCACCAGUCUGUAUCUAGCAAUAGUAAUAAGAUCGUUGGUGGUUACGAAGUUUCCAUCCAAGACGUACCUUAUCAAGUGCACUUGAGAAUAAGAGUACCGCAAAACGUAGAACUAUGCGGUGGAUCCAUCAUUAGUUCAAGAAUAGUUCUGACAGCUGCACAUUGCCUUGCUGGAGGAGCUAUAGAUGUCACAAUUAGAGCAGGGAGUUCAGAUUCUGAGAACGGUGGUAAGGUUUACAGAACAUCUCAGUACACAAUCCAUCCUAAAUAUGAUCGCAAUAGUCUAGACUAUGAUGUAGCGAUUAUAAGGACUGCUAGAGCAAUGACUUUGGAUGGCACAAACACCAAAGCUGUAGCUUUACCUGCAGAAGGUAACGAGGUACCCGUGGGAAUAGAUAUACUUAUAUCUGGAUGGGGAGACACUGAUGCUAAAGGUCAAGAAAAGGUCACUCAACAUCUAAUGGCGGUUAAAGUGCCAACCGUUUCCACAGCUGACUGUCGUGAAACGUACGGCAGUCAAUUAACAGAUCAUAUGUUCUGUGCUGGUAUGAUACAUUAUGAUAAGUAUUACAGAAUAUCUUUGAAUUUUAACGAAUAAUACUUAGGUAUGAUUAAGAAAAAUUUUAUGUAACGUUGCUACAGUUACUAAAGUCGAGUGUAAUGUUUUUGUUAGGCACUUUAAUGUUGGUAUAGGUGCCUUGCGUUCUGUUUUUUUUUUUUGUAAACAUUCUGCCAUACUUAUUAGUUGUAUCGAUUCAUGAUUGUAAAUUGAAACAUUUCAAUUUUAGAUGCUGUAAAAACUUUUUUGUUCAUGGUUUAUUACCUCCUUUUAAAAAUACCACUAAUUUAGGUGUCGAUAUAAAUGUCUUUUUUCAUCUUUAUCAUAACAUUUAGCAUUGAAUAUGUACUUCAUAGAGUGCAUUAAUUGGUUUCGUGCAAUAUAGGGGGAUAUAAAGUAUUUUAAUAUAAAGUAUUCUAGCCUAC